AUGGAGCUACCUGUUCGCCCUGCAGACUGCACCCCUCGGGGAGAAAUCGAAGAGCCUCUACUCUCACAGCAGCAACGAAAAAACCAGCAACAGGAACCAAAUAGUGAUAUUACGAGCGAAUCUGAUACUAUCUCAGCGCUUGCAAACACCCCCACAGCGCUCCCAACAAGUCCCCCGGAUUCUCAUGAAUCACCUUCCAACUUUACAGCAAUGCCAUUUUUACUUCUUCUUCAUGGUGCAGAUACUCUGGUGUUCAUUGACCCUUCUCCGGAGACAAUCCGAUCCAAGUUGCCUCUUUCCAUACAGACAGUUCCGCAUCACAUCCAUAGCGAGAAAUUAUUGGCUACAGGCUCGGCCUACUUCAAACGGCUAUUCAAUCCGCAAAUGCAAACUCGGGUCCGAAAGCGACGCGGCUUAACUAGCAAACUUCCAGAUGGAAUUCAAUACGUCUUGGACCUCACACCCCCAACCCUGGACGAAGAUGCAGUCAUCUUCCUAACCGAGCUUUCCUGUCCUAUGAGUAUCAGGACGUGGGCCUCAAAACAGGAUAUGUGGAGCCUGCCAUGGCCCUGUGUUGGAGGACAAGAUGAAUUGGAGCCCUUCGAGCAGCUCACACAAUUCCCUACAACAUCGCCCGAGCCCGGGACCGAUACCCAUGUCGAACGGCUACUUGAGAAUUUGAGAAAUGAUGGAGCCUCCUUCGAACUGCAGGACCAAUUUCCGGAGUCACAGCCUGAAACAGUAGAGCAGAAAGGCUUGCCGGUGGAAUACUCAGCUUCGCGUCAUCGUGAAGGCAUUGAGCACGUUCUCCACGUUCUGGAAGGACUAAAUCCUAGAAUAGACACUCCUUGCAAGAUGUGGACCUUUUUUGCGCUCGCCAAAAUAUUUGACGUGGCUACGGUCCCGGCCAUCUCUGACCACAUCGUCUCGUGGUUCUACGAGCUCAACAACAGUCGCUUCAUUGAACUUCAUCCCGAUGUAACAUAUCGAGUGGCAUGCGGUAUCAAAUCUCCCUACCUCUGCCGAGAUGCUUUUGUUGAAAUGGUUGGGGAUGAAGCCCUGCUGUACCUGAUUCGGGCCACACCCUUCAAACCAAUUGGGUCCAUGGAAAGCUUGGUGCAGAGCCGGAUUUCCGAUGUUCUAGACGACACCGAGAUGCAACGUAUCGAGUAUGCCAGCAAGAGUUUUGGCGACUACGUUAUUAGGUGCUUCUUACAGUUGGCCGGGAGUGAAAUGCCAUGGUUGGCACACAUUGCCGAGUUCCAGAAGCUUACCCGGCAUCUUCAGCUCUAUCCUGCAGAUCAAGAAAUCGUACAUCAACUAGUCGUGACGGUAAAAGAAUUCAUUCGUGACCGCAUCUACGGGGCUUUAAUCAUGGAAAGAGACACAAACCGCUCAUUCCACGUGGCUCCAAACUUGGUGAGAACCGAAAACCCAUACCACCGAUGGGGCAUAGACAAGGGAUUUGUCCUCCAGCGAUUAAUCGGGAAAAGCUUCUGGGGUGCGCUGGAGUCGCUGGAUCUCUGUCAAGAUGCAUUCCUUCGUUCUGAGUCUCAUUCAUCAAUAGCGGAGAUCGGCAAUGGCUUACUGGCCUUUGGUGGUGAAACCGCAGCAAGGAUUCGCCAUGUGGUGCCUGGUGAAGUUCGCCAGUUGAGCCAUGCGUUCAACCAAGCGGUUAGAACUAGGGCUCAGGCUCGCCAGGAGGAAGAGGCUCUGGCUGCGCGGCAUGCGGGUGGACAUUUUGCCCUGGAGCUGACUAUCAAUGUCUGGAAUUCACAAGCCGGCAACGAGGUUAACAGCACCUCCAACAACGGCCCUUUCCUCAAUCCCAUUCCUGCUCCCACCCCUAACCCGUGUCCUCCACCUGCAUCCCCAAUGCCACCAAAGACAGACAUCUCAGCAGAAUUGUUCCGCGAAAAAAGAUUUAAAGAUCAGGUUCGCUCUUUCCUAAGGAAAUACGCACUAGAGAUGUUACAGCAACCUGGCCCACCCACCAUGCGACAAGAACUCACGGAUACCCUAACCUGCCUCACAUACAAUGAAUUCCAAUACCUACCUCUAUGGGCGGGCGGUAAUGACGAUGAGACGGGCGGUGUUUUCACCGACUUUAUCAUUCCCGCCAUGGACGGCGGUGGAUUCUCAGCUCCAGGGCCUGCCGUGCACACUGGCAGUGUCGCCUCAAACGAUGAUUCUCUCAGCAAGAUCGAGCAUAGUGACGCUCAGAGCACGAUCUAUGGCGCAUCUCACAACGCCACUUACAGUCAGGCUUCGGAUAUCAUUUCCGUGGACUCUACCGAUUAUUCACAGUUUAGGCUCAAACAUGAGAAUCAUGAAAGUCAUGAUGAAGUCCAGUCGGAAACUUACAUGGAGGUAACCGAGGAUGAGGAUGAGAUAUCAUCACUGGAUCUUGGCCUGACUACCGAUGACGGUGAAUACGAAACACGGAGCGAUGGCACCAUUACUGUGGAUGAUGGAUCGCCUGAGCCUUCUUUUGCUGGUAUCUCCGAGGAUAUCGAAAUGGACAAGGUGGAAGAUGGAGGUACUGAUAUUGAGUUCGAAUUCGUCAAUGUGCAAAACUACUUUUAA